GGUGCGCACAUUUGCAAGAAAUAUACAAACGCAAUAAUGGUUGAAAAAGACUCCCCAAUCAUAAUUGUUGGCGCUGGUGUGUUUGGUCUCUCCAAUGCGCUUCAUCUUGCCAACAAUGGAUACAAAAACAUCACGGUCUUCGAUAGACUGGAUUUCGACGACAACUCCUACACUUUGCUUAAAGGAGCUGAUACUGCCUCGGCAGACAUCAACAAGGUCUUUAGAGCUCAGUAUGCUGAAAAGAAACAUUACCAGGACCUUGCGUUCCAGGCGUUCGAGAUUUGGCAGAAAUGGAACAACGAAAUCAGAUUCAUUCCUCCUGAAGAAGCAAAGAAGUAUACCGAUCUUCAAAUUCUCGAUCUAUGCGGUAUGUUGAGACUUGAUGAUAUUGUUGGCUGGGAAGAAAAGGCAAGCAGAGCAAACUUUGAAAAGGAACAGAUUGCUCCUCUUAGAUACGACAUCAACAAUCCUGUAGAUGUGAAAAGAGCCAAUGCUGCAGGAUUUGGAUCAAAGGUGAAAUUUGCCCUUGAUUUGAAAGAAAAAGUUCCAAGUCUGAAAGGUGCACUGGAUACCACCUCUGGCAUUUUAUAUGCCUCGAGAGCUUGUCAGUAUGCCAAAUACUUAUGCACCCAGCUAGGUGUUAAAUUUGUCUUUGGAGAGAAGGCUGGUACCUUCAAGGAAUACAUCUACAAGGACGACGAAAAAACUGUUCACGGUGGAAUCAUUACCAACGACGGGAAAAAGCACUAUGCUGACUUGACUGUAAUUAACUGUGGUCCAUGGUCUACUUUGCUUGUCCCAGAGCUUGACGGCAUGAACGAGGCUGCCUCAGGUAAUAUCAUCAUCUUCAAGAUCCCUGACGAUCGAGCUGAUCUCAGGGCCAAAUACAACAGCAAGGUGUUCCCUAUGGUUGGCUGGAAAACUGGUCAUUCAAGAGAAAAAGAAUAUAUGGGAGGUAUGUUUAUGUUCCCAAUGAUGGAGCCAGAAGGGUACAUGAAAAUGAUUGUUAGACAGACCAAGUACACCAACCCUGUUAAGUUGGAGAAUGGCAGAGUUGUGUCAAUUCCUAAGACCUCCAAUAGCAAUCCUCCCACCAAAAUGCUUACGCGUCACAUAAUCCGCCAAGUUGACGAAUGGCUCAAGCUGUUUUUCCCUGACUUGUAUGAGGCAAAAUUACAAUAUGAGAGCAGAUUGCUUUGGUAUACGGAUACUAUAGACAACGAUUACAUUUAUGACUUUGUCCCGGGAAAGAAGGGCCUUUUUGUUGCCUGUGGUGGGUCAGGUCACGCGUUCAAGAUGCUGCCGGUUUUAGGACAAUUCUUGGUCGAUAAAAUCGAGGGCCGUGAAAACUUUUACACUAGACUGUUUAAGUGGAGAUCCCUUUCAGGAACCGAGAAGGAUCCCAACGGACUAAGAGAAGGUUUGGCCACAAAAAGGAAUUACAACCAGCAGGAGCUCUCCACGGAGAUAGACCUCAGAUUUGGAGACUCUUUCUCAAGGUCACCAAAACUUUAGAUUAUUUUAUAUAAUUUGCAGACCUUACACUUUGAACUUGUCAUAAUCAGUCAGAACAAAUCUGUAUCUAACAUCUCCUGCAUGACAUCUCUCAAGAGCUUCUUUGAUACCACUCUCGGAAAUCGGCAGGCGUUCCGUCCAUGCAGUGAGGUUUUUUUCAGCGGCAAGCUUAAGCAUGUCGAGCAUUUGCGGUCUGUUUCCUAAGUGAGAAGAGCCAAAAAAUACCCCUCCUCUCAUGAACGGCAUUGCACUGACAGUGAAUGGCUCCUCAGGCAGCCCAACAGAAAUCAUUUUUCCAUGAACUUUCAGACAAGAUAGAUAACCAGCCAGAUCAAAGUUCUGAGCUGAGUUGCCGCAAGAAACAAUUAGGUCGAGUUUCUUUGCAUACCUUUCUGCCCAGUCCUUCUCCUCAUAAGUAGCAAUAUAGUAAUCGCUUCCCAGCUUUUUUGCGUCUUUUGAUUUCUUGCUCGUACGCGAAAAUGUGUACACCUCGGCUCCCAGAGCUUUUGCAAACAUAAUCGCGAAAUGACCCAGUCCGCCAAUUCCAACAAUUCCUACUUUUUUUCCAGGGCCACAUCCAUUUUCGACAAGAGGAGCGUACGUAGUGAUGCCUGCACAAAGCAUAGGUGCGGCAUCUUCCGUUUUCAAGCCAUCUGGAAUUGGGAAAACA